AUAGCUCAUUUUCAUAGGACAUCCUUUUACAGUGUAAAUACAAAAUAAUUUCAAUUUUAAAUUAAACCUUGCUUGUUAUUUACAAAUUGUAAUUGUUAAUUGUUGACACAUUGCGUUAAAUAAUUCGAUUUCCAAUGAACCUUCGACAUCCAAUCUUCUCUAAGGUGGAUCCAGAUAAACCUAACUUUAAUUAAGACUGAAAGGGGAAUCCAUGGCGACGACGACGAUCCCCUCCAUGUCGCCAUUUGGCGAAUGUUGUUCCCUCUGCCUUACCCAAUUGUCCAUCCCCCCGACGAAACAGGCUUCCUUGCCGCCCACCUUUCUUCGCCAGCUCGUCGACCUGGUCGGUUUCGACGUGGCGCUCCCACUCUGCGACGGUUGUCAUGGCGACGUCACCUCCGUCAUUGAUAUUAUUCGACAACUUGACAAACUACAGAAGGCGUUAAGUCGCGGAGUGGAGGGUGUAAGGGAGAAGAAGAAAGUUAAGACGGAAUUGGUCGCAUAAACGGCAUAAACGGUGGGGAGGACAUGUCUUCCGGAGCAACAACAUGGCUUACUCCACCAGAAGUGAAGAUGGAGCAAGAAGAAAUUGAAGAAUGGAUUACACCCGAAAUUCCUUCAGAGGGAAUCAUGGCAUCGCAUCCCCCUCCGACCAUGGGACAUUUUUUAAAACCUUUCUCCCCCGCAGGGAUGACGUCACGGCAAGAUGAAAAUUACCAAAAACAAGAUGGUGACCAACAAGACCACAAGAUUAGUAACGACGAGACAGAAUCUUCUUCUGGUGACGAUGACGACGAAAGUGGCGUCGAUGAAGUCAGCCCUCCCGAAUCACCAUCCGACAAAAAGCCACCAACGAUAUCCACUCCUCGUCAGGGGACGCAAAAACGAUCAAGCGUGACAAGAAAUUUCGGACUAUUGGACGAAUUAAUUACUACUCUAUCGUUAAAGCCACCACUCUUCCAAUGCAACGCGUGCAUGAAAAAAUUCAAAACCAAGGGUCACAUUAAAUACCACGAAUUUUGUGGGAAUGCUGAUAGUGAAAAGCCGUUCAAGUGUGACCAGUGCGACAAAGGAUUUAUUAGCAAAUCCCACUAUGAAUAUCACCUGAGAACCCAUACCGGUGAAAAGCCGUACGCCUGCUCCGAGUGUGACCAAAGUUUCAACCAAAUGGGCAGACUUACGCAGCACAUGUGUAAUUCUCACGGUGGAGAAAAACGUUACGUUUGUGAUACAUGUGGAGCUGGAUUUACAACAAGACAAAGACUGCAAGCCCACGAUGUGACCCACACUAGAGAAAGGCCCUUCUCCUGCAAACACUGCGACAAAACGUAUGGUGAUGGGGCGAGCUUACGCAGACAUUUGAUCACUCACACAGGUGAGCGACCCCACGUGUGCAGUCAUUGUGGAAAAAGCUUUCAACACAAGGAUACGUUGGACGCUCACAUGAGAACGCAUUCGGAUGUGCGGCCCUUUGCAUGCGAUCAAUGUACGGCAGCUUUCCAUGACAAGAGGGAUCUCCAGAGGCACGCUCUUACUCAUACGGGUGAACGUCCUUUCAAAUGCGACUUUUGCGCAGGGGAAUUUCGCCGAAAGGACGGUCUUCUACGUCACAUGAAGAGCAUCCAUAAGGAAAAAGUGAUGCCGUAAUGAAACGAUGCUCAAUUUACGAGAUAUGCGAAGGUUGUCCUCGAGUACGCUCAUUAUUUCAAAAAUUAAUUCUUCAUUGAUUGUUAAAUUGUUUUGUUUAUUCUCACAAAGAAAAUAAGAAUAUACAAGGAAUAUGUAUGUAAAUUUAUUGCAUCCUAUUGUCACUUUCGCGGUGAUAAACAAGUAAUUUAACUACUUGUUUACUUACUACGUAAUACGUAGUAAUUCGCUUCAAUCGACGAGUAACGUUAUGCGAGCAGAAAAUUGAAUGCUUUCCUCUUUGGACUCGUCUCCGGAAGUGACUGUACCAAUUUUCUUGCAAUAACGGCAAUAACUCCGCUGACGACAAGCAGGGCACCUAACAAACUAUGAAAGACAGCGAAUUUUACAAUUUAUUGUACAAAUUAUUACGGUACACAUUGCUACCUAAUCCAAUCCGGCGGAAGUCCGAUAAGAAUCCAUUGCCACCCGAAGGUAAAAACUACCUCGGACGUUUUAAUUAAUCUACAAAAAAUUUAUGUUUAUUCAAGUAUUUUAAUUGCCUAAAUUUUGAAGCCAAGAACUUUGAUGACAUAUUUUACAAAAUUUUUAAUAAAAAAGUGAACUUGCA